AUGAAGUUCUCGUCCUGCAUGAAGUUCUCGUCCUUCAUCCUCAUCACCAUUCUUCUCUACGCUGUCACUCUCUUCGCUAGCGCUGGCGCUGAAGAAGACGGAGAAUUGAGCUUGGUCAAGCGAGCGAGGACUAAGAAGAGACACCGGGAGCACCUUUCCAACCACUGGUUCGCCGACUAUGGUGCUUUUCACCAGCAAAAGGUCGACGAUGGCAACGACAAUAGCCCGCGUCUUCAGACAACGCACAAAACAGCGCAGGCAGAGACGUCUCACAGGCCCCAGCGGAACAAAGCAGCGUCUUUCGUCAUCCCAGAGUCUUCCGACCAUCUGCCAGGAAGCAGUGCAGAAUGGCAGCUGUCGAGGGAGGACUCGCCCUGUUCUUCGCAAGAUUGGGAGCCGGGAGGUCCUCCCCCCACGUCUUCUUCUUCAGCUGAAUCUGGAGACUGGAACUCUCAAGGGACCUUCUCAGCGUCUUACUCUUCCGAUUGGGAUCCAGAGCAAGCUCGCCGGCACACUUCGUCGACCGCUCGAACCCGAAAUCAAAGGCAGGAUCGUCCUCCAAGAUUGCAGCAAAUGACGUCCGCCUACGUGGAGCCAGAAAGUCAGCAGCGAUAA